CACAAAUAGGCGCAUGCGUAUCCGGAUGCGCCAUUGCAUAAAAAUGCUUCGACGCCUGGCGGUGGACGCCACGCCUGCGCGCCGCGGCCUCGCGACGCUCGCGCCGCAAUCGUCGCUCUAUGACGCACUGCAGCGGCGCUGGUCCAAGGGUGAUGACGCUGCGCAGCCUGCGCCGACGUCGCUGCCAGCGCUGCCAGCUAUGACGGCGCUGCCCAAGGCGGAUGUGCUCACGGCCAUUUCGGCGUCGUUGAACAGCGCCGAGCCGCUGCAUGCUGCGCUCGCGACGGCCUUGACGUGUCGCGUCGAUAUGCCCGACGCGCUCACCAAGGCGGUGCUGGACGCUGUGCCCACGACAGCGACGACGCUCGACGAUCGCCGGCGGCUCCUGCGCGUGCUCGUGUCGCUUGCGACGCAGCAGCACUGCAGCGCGCCCGGGCUCUUGGCCCAGUGCAUGCACAUGAAGGCGUACGACGAGGCCUUGCGCUUGUACACGCACGGGUGCUACGACGGUGAGAUUCGGCCGGGUAUGGCUAAUGUGCUCGUUCACAUGCACGCGCUGACCGAGUUUGCGCCGGCGCUGCCCGGGACGCUCUCGCUGCCCAAGACGUGGAAGCACUUCGUGUCGUACUUUGUCUAUCGGAAGAAGGCGCUUGCGCCGUCGAUUGCGCACGUCAUGAUCAAGCAGUUUCCGUUCUGCGGGUCGCCGGCGCCCAGCGCGCUCUCGAUGGUGGCGCUCGAUCUAAUUGAGAGCAGCGAGAAGGAUCAGUUCAAGCUUCUCCACGAUCUUGUUCGGUGCGUGCUGCGUCGGUCCGACUGGCGCCUCUCGCCCGACGUCUUUACGACGUGGCUGUACAACGAAGGCCACCGCCGCCACCACGCGCGUCUCUUGCCGCUGCUCCUCGAAGCCCUCGCUCACAACAAGCUCACGCACACGCCGCCCAACGUCAUCAUUUCGGGCUUGCGUAGUAGCCUACUUCUUUGCGACUGGGCGCUCGUGGUGCGCUUCCAGCAGCUCUUGACACCGACGAGCGCCAAGGUGGUCUUUCUCUUGUCGGCGGGCGAGUCGCUGGUGACGCCGGCCGUCGCCGCCUUUUGCCUCCGCCCGCCGCACGCCAUUUCCGCCGACGGCAUUGCCGAGUGGGCGCUCUCGCUCCCAACGCCGUCGCUGCGGGCGGAGUUUGCACAGCUCUUUGGUCCCAAGCUCAUGGUUCUACUCGGCGCAGACGAAGCCAGGGCGCUGGCGCUUCUCGAAUUGGCGGCCACCGCCGAGGCGAGGACGUUUGGUGACAUGCUCGACAUCUACCUCGUGGCGUGCCAGCGGGCCGGCACCUCGAUGACGUCGGCGCUCACGCUUGCAUCGACGCACAAACGCCUCUUCAAGGAGCUUCCGCCGACGCUCCUCGUGGCGUCGCUGGCCGCCGGGGACUUUGCGCUCGCGACAGACCUCUUUGAACACACCGAGUCCAGGCACAUGGACAACCCGCGCCAUGCGCAGGCACUGGAAGCGCUUUUGCGGGCAUCGUCGUCGUCGCAGCGGGAGGCCAUCCGUGCGUACUUUCUCGAGCACGACGGUAGCAAGGCCAUGGCGGUGUUUGAGAUAUUCGAGGCGUCCGAUAUGGUCGUGCCGGCGUCAUUGCUCCGGCACUUUGCGCUCGACGUGACGCGCGCGCACGACAUGCUAAGCUUGAACCGCCUGCUCGAGUACGGCGCGCUGCAUGAAGUGGCGUUGCCGGCCGACGUGUUUACGGUGUGUUUUGUAACCCACCGCAAAGAGCGCCAGGACCCGACGGUGUUUGUGCGCGCGUUUCUCGAUUGGGUCGGCCUCGGCCUCGUCGAAGACAAUGCGAUCGUCUAUCACGCGGCGAUCCACGCGUGCUUGGACUGCGACAACAUUGACGUGGCGUGGACGUGCGUCGAAGAAGCCGAUGCGCAUGGGAUUGUACUGGAAAAGGUCCUCCUCGACCGGCUCGUGUGGGCCACCGACAACUCGUAGACCAUAUUGAUAGAAGCUAUAGAAGAGACGAUCUGGCUGUGUUGAUAAGAUAGAGUCAUGACGCGAUCGUGCUGCGUUGGUCGUCAUGCUACG